ACAAACACUCUCUCUCGUAGAGGUGGCUUCAGGGGCACGCUUCCUUGUGCCAUGUACAAAAACCCCAGUUCCCCUCUUUCCGAUUCUGCUCUCCAAUCCAACCCUAUGAACCUCUCUCCCAUCCAUUCAUGGGAGACCCUCAGGACCCCAGAGCGACGUCGUUUUCUCUCCCACCUGGUUGCCGAUUCUACCCGUCCCACCAACAGCUCGUCUGCCACUACCUGACCAACAAGAACAGUAACGGUAACAGUAACCCACGCAUCGAUGACAGUGUCAACGGCUACGAUUUGAUCCGAGAGCUGGAGCUGUAUAACUACGAGCCGUUCGAGUUACCAGACACGGCGUGCUUUUCGUACGGUUGCGGAGGAAGGAAGAGGCACUGGUACUGUUACACGGUUAGGGUUGCGAAGGAGAGAAAGGGGAGGAAGAGGAAGACGAUGAAUGGGUACUGGAGAAGAAGAGGAACGGUGAGGGAUGUGGUGGGUUCCAGAGGGAAGGCGGUGGUGGGGACCAGGACGAGCUUCGUGUUUUAUCUGGGGAAUUCACCAAAGACCGCGGUGAGGACCGACUGGGUCAUGUAUGAGUAUGCCCUGCUUGAUAAUCUUAAGGCUUCUUUUGUCCUAUGUCGAGUAUUUGCCAAAUCUCAUGCUGGAAAUAGCAUAUCGGAUAAUGGUCUAAGUUGUUGUGCUGAAGAAAGUGUACCGGCAGUGCGUCACAUUGGUAUUCAGCAUGAUGGAUACCUUACACCUGAUACUGUUGAAGCUGCAAUGUAUGAUGACAACUCUGUUGACAGGAACAGCGAAAUUCCAAAAUAUCCAAAGCCAUUGGUUAGUGAGCUAGACAAUCCGAUUAUGACUGGGCCUGUUUGUGUUCCCAGCUUUCCAUUUCCUUCAGGCUUGCAGCCUAGGGAGCCGGUGAGCUCAUCUGCACUUCCUGGAAGUGACGCAGUGAUUUUUGAAGCUCUAACAGACCAACAAUUACUCUCCAUUUUAGAGGACGAUUUUAUUGAGUUGGACGAUCUUAUGCGCUAACUAUUCAAUAGAGACAUUGAAUCAGUUGACUUCAAUGAUAUGUGAAUGCUAAUCCUAGUGGUCAGGCUAUUGCUGGAAACAAUUGUUAUGGGAGAAGGUUUAUAUACCCAAAAAACAGAUGAGAAGGGUCUUAAAUAUUGCAAAACCUUGAGAAACAUUUAAUCCUAGUGGUCAGGCUAUUGCUGGAAACAAUUGUUAUGGGAGAAGGUUUAUAUACCCAAAAAACAGAUGAGAAGGGUCUUAAAUAUUGCAAAACCUUGAGAAACAUUUAAUUAGAAAAAAAUAAGAUGUCAGCUUUGAAGUUGAGAGAGAUGUAGCGACAGAAUAACUUCUCCUGUUAAGAUUUGUUAUUGUGCCUGGUAGAAGGCAAUUUUCUCCAGCGGAGUGCCACAAAACGAUUAUUAUGUUUGAUGAGGAUAAUUCCAGAGUGAGUUAUGCAAGUAUUAGCUGCGUCGCCUAGCUUGAUAAUGCUGCAAUUGUUCCCUUGAUGGUGGAGGUCAUCGUUUUCAUUCAUUUGCUUCUGUGGCAAAGUUAAAAUUUUCCACCACCUGUCCAGAGCCUUCCCUUAGCAGGGCCACUUUUCCUUCAGCCUUUCUUUCUAUGUUUUUGAACUUUAUUGUUGAAGAGAUGGAUGGAGCUUAUAUAAAUUAUGGAUUUUGGAUAUA